AUGAACAGUCAAGAAAAUGUCACAGCAAUUUCCUGUUUCAUACUGGCGGGGUUUCCAGAGGCUCACAAAUUCCGUUUCUUAAUAUUUUCAGUUUUGCUAUCUCUCUACAUCAUCACCUUAAUGACAAAUAUCCUGAUUAUCCUGACAGUAAAAUCUGAUCCUAUAUUAAAUACCCCCAUGUACUUCUUUCUUAUGCACUUGGCCUACUUGGAGGUUUGCUAUAUGUCAGUUAUCAUCCCCAAGCUAUUGGAGACUUUGUUGGUAGACUCUGAAGUCAUUUCCUUUCUGGAGUGUGCCAUACAGAUGUUCCUCUUCCUGUUUUUCGGAGUUGCUGAGUGCUUCCUCCUUGCUGCAAUGGCAUUUGACCGCUAUGUUGCCAUAUGUCACCCUUUGCGCUACAUGACGAUUAUGAGCAGGAGUACUUGUUGGAAAAUGGUGACUGGUUCAUACAUAUUUGGCUCUAUAGUUGGAUUGAUCCACACCACUGUCACAUUUCAGCUGCCAUUUUGUGGUGUGGUCAUCAACCACUUCUUCUGUGAAAUACAGCCACUAUUGGGACUGGUCUGCAAUGACACUUUCAUAAAUGAAGUCCAAGUUAUUGGAGUGGCCAUGUUGGCUAUCAUGCUGCCAUUCUUCCUGAUCAUCCUGUCUUACACUGGCAUUAUCAUCACGCUUACUGGGAUGUCAUCCUUAGGGAGUAGACACAAAGCCUUCUCUACCUGUACAUCACAUUUAAUAGUGGUCAUUCUCUUCUAUGGGACAGCUGGUUCCAUGUAUUUAAAACCCAAAUCCUGCUACUCUCCAUCAGUAGACAAGCUUUUAUCCUUUUCCUAUACUAUUGCAACUCCUCUGUUAAAUCCAAUUAUCUAUAGUCUAAAAAACAAAGAAAUCCAGGGAGCCUUGAAAAAGCUAAGGAGGAAAAUGGUUUUGUUACAAAUCAAAAGAUGGUGA